UACCUAUUGAUGGCGGAUUGACGCUUUUCGCUGGCAACAAAAAAUUUUCUUGUGCGAGUAAUCAAAACGUUGCACGCCGCAAAUUAAGGAAAGAAUUGUGCGUGCGAUUAAAUCGCGUACUGCCCACGUUUAAAAUCAAGUGCAAUAGCAUUUUAUUUCAGUGUUUUAUUUACCAGUGGCAUAAGUGUGCGGCAAGAACAGUUUUUUUUUAGUUACAGCUAUGAGACGUCGUAGCGAGCGAAAAAAAUCUACAUCGCCAGCACCUUUGCCGGCACGUCGCAGUCGCCGAUCGCGCAAAGUAUCGGAAAAUGAGAAAACCGAGGAUGAGACGGUUGUAGAGAAAACAGAAGAAACAAAAGCGCCACCAACAAUUGAAGAAAUCAAUGAGGAACGUGGGGAGCGCGCCUCAAGCGAAGAACAUGCCGCAUCGCCAGUGCGCAAAAGCCGCAAUACACGCACGACACCGAAAAAGCGCCAAAGCGCUAGCAGUCAGCGCGAGAAGAGCAGCGAGCGCAAGGUGGAAACCAUACCCGAGGAAGUAGAAAAUGGGUCGGAUGCGGUGCUGGCGAAGGCAAGCAGCAACAAGAACAUCGAUAUCGAUAACAAGGUAUCGGCAGAAAAGGAAACGGCCAACAAACCCGAUGAGCCGCAGUCCGAAACGGAACAGCAUAAGGGAUCAGAGACAGUAACCGAUACAGACACAGACACAGCGGAUGCCUUGAUAAAGCCGAAAGAGGUGGAAGACGCAGAGAAGACGCCGGAGAAGAGCGUGGAGCAACACAACGAUGAUGCCUCUAAGGAAGGGGUGGAACCGGAAAAGGAUAGCACCAAUGAGGAGCCUGCCGUGGAAGAGGUAAAAGUUGCUUCUUCUUUAAGCUUAACAGCAAGUAAGGAUGAAGUGCAUCUAAAAACCACAAGCGAUGUAUUAGACAUUCAAACAGAGGACAUGGAAGAGCGGAACAACGAGAGAUCGGACCAAACGGAUGAGCCCGAAUCAGACGACACCAAGCUGACACUCAAAAUCGAUGAGCAGAAGGAGAACCACAAGGAAAAAGUAGAGCAAUCAACAGAGAAACAAACGAACAAGGAGCACCCAAACAGCGAUAAACAGGAAACUGUGACACAAACACAGCGCUCGGUGCGCAAACGCAAGUGGCUAAGCAAGAAAGUGGCCGAACGUGCACCACCCGUGCUGGCCAUAUCAACGGAUUCACUAAAGAACAUCAUUGCCGAUGUGGUGAAUCCUGUGCCGCUCAGCGAUGUACAACUGGAAUCAUCAUCGGAAGAGGAAGGUCUAGUGACCAGCGAUCAUGAAACGGACGAGCGGUCGUUAACUCCCGAACUGCGUGUCACAAAGGAUAGGGAUGAGGGUAACGCAACAGAUGAGGAGCAACAUCAACAUCAACAGCAACAGAAAUCGCAAUCAAAAUCAAAUCAUGAGAAAGAGACGCCAACGGUACCAGCUACAAGUAAGACAGCUAUCGAGCCCGCCGCUUCCAAAGCAAUUGCUGUUGCCCGCUCACCAAGUCCAGCGCGCAAUCGUGCCAGCCAUGUGCUUUUCAUUACCAAUCUGGUGCGUCCGUUUACUGUGCUGCAGCUCAAGGGGCUGCUGGCGCGUACGGGCAAGAUCAUUGAAGAGGAUGGCUUCUGGAUUGACCGCAUCAAGUCCAAAUGCUAUGUUGCAUAUGCCACGGAGGACGAAGCUAUUGAAACACGUCAUGCCCUGCAUGGCGUACGUUGGCCGGUCUCGAAUCCCAAGUGCUUGAAUGUUGACUUUGGCAGCCGAACAGACAUGGAUCGUGCUAUACAAUCGACCAAAAAUGAGGCACCCAAAUAUCCGCAGGACAAUACCAGGGAUAAUCAGCACUCGGGCAACACUUGGUCGCGUUUGGAUGCAAGCGAGAAAAAGCCGGCACGUCCGGUGCGCGAAUGGGAUGUGGGCAAAAAGGAGCCCAAUGAGCGCGACAAAUUAAGCAACGACAGACGCCGCAGCAGCAAGGAACGUAUCGACUCCAGAUUGCGCGAUUCAGAUCGCGGCAAAGGCGGCGAUGAUGCCGAGCGCGCUGUGCAGGAUCGUAAACGUUCAAGAGAACGCGAGCGUGGAGGACGUGAACGAGAGCGCGAUCGCAGCGAACAACGUGUGCAUGGUCGCAGCAGGAGCGGCUCACCAGCGUUAAAAGUCAGAAAGAAGGAAAAUGAACCACCCAUCAGGCUACUAGAUGAUCUUUUUCGCAAAACUAAGGGUACGCCGUGCAUUUAUUGGCUGCCCCUGACACCCGAAGCAAUUGCGGAAAAGGAGGCGUUCCGUCAGAAACGCAUCGAGGAACACAAACAGCGUAUCAAGGAGCGUGAGGAGCGCCUUAAGGAGCGUGAACGUGAAAAGGAGCGCGAUCGUCCGCGGGAUAAUCGUCGGAAUCGCUCCAACGAACGUCGACGUUCGCGCAGUCGCGAUCGGGAGCGACGGCGUUACUAGACAGUAACUAAAUGAACUACCGAAAUAAAACAAAAACAAAUGAAGUCAAAA